GUGUGUGGUCGCACGUUCGCCCAGAGCGGCAGCUACCGGAUGCACGAACGACGUCACAUGACAGACAGUGUGCAGCGCUGUCACAUCUGCUAUGGCACAUUCAGCUCUUGGCAGGACCUGCAGCGUCACAUGGCCUCGCACCCUCAGGUGACACAGGCUAUCAUCGAGUUUGAAGAAGGAAACCAGGGCCUCAUUGACCGUUUAAACUCGGGAGAUCUUGGAGGUCAGCUUGGAGAUGGCGGGAUUGGUCAGCUAGGCCACUCGGACAGUGAUGGUCCAGUUCAUGGACCCAAUAUGAUGCAGGGAGAUUGCGGCAACCAGCGAGACCUGGGAGUUCACCACGGCCGCUGCCCAAACCCCUUGUUGUCCGAGUCGCUGCUGCUGGACUCUGACGCUGCAGCAUUUCACGUGCAGUCACCAGGGUUAUACCACCCAGCUGGGCAGCUGCCACCGUUCUCAUCGAUACUUCCCUUCCGCCACCACCCAGGAGGUCCACCAACAUUCUCUCCAUCGUUCGCUCCAGGCCUGAGUUUGUUAGGGCACCAGAUUCCCGUCACCUCACACGCCGAGCUCUUGUCCAAGCAUCCAUUUUUCGGAGCUAUGAUAUCAUCACAG